AUGGAGGAUCUUGCCGCGGUGCGCCCAGACCACCUUAGACCUCACGCGCGCCGGCGCAGCAGGAAGAAGUGCGGCAGGUGCACUUGGGCGCGCAAAGGCGGCGCUCUCCGAAGUGAGUGCCUCAUUGAAGGCACUGAGAGGCAGACUUGGCUGGCUUGUGUUUCCGUUCUUCCUGAUGCCUCGGACCUCGCCAACAAGGCUCUUCGCCGAGUGCUUCGGCUGGGGUGCGUUGUGUGCCACGCCUACCGGCGGAACAUGGUGCAGAACACUGAGAAUGGCGACGGCUCAGGCUUGGAUAAGGGCAGGAGCGCGGUCGAUCAGAAUGUGUUCGGGCGCUUCGCGCAGCCACUGUCGUUGCUAUUCCGGCGGGGGGCGCUCUGGUCGUGCCGCAAGCACUCCAAGACCAGGAUUCAUCAAGAAGCCCUUCAAGCGUGGCAUGACAAAAGCAAAUCAGCCUGCUCGGCCCCGCCUAGGAAGGAUUUUGAGAAGGCUUUGGAAGGCCUGCGCAAGGGCCGCAGCGCGCGCGAUGGCGGAGGAAGCAGCGACCAGGCAACCUUAACUCGCUGGUGCUUGACAGAAGCGUGCCUGCAAGAAGCCCGGUCUGCCUUGCGCACUUGCAAGUCUUUGGUCAUCAUCCGAGAUGAGCGCGCGGGGAAGCUGAUGCUGCGCUUUCGCGCCACCCUUCGGGACAUGUCAGUUCUGACAGGUGUUUUGGGCUUGCAAGAUCUUUCCUGCGGUCUUCAGACCUUUGCAACCGAGCAGUUCCAACCACCUCGGGGCUUCCGCGUGGUGGUACCCGACCGCUGCGACAUGGUGGUCACGGACUGCGCCCCUAGUGAAAUUCUGGCGCAGCAGUUGGGCAGGGGCCUGCGCAGCGCUGAGGCAGAGGAGCUGCUGUUUCCCAACGCCAAGAUUGAGACCGUGCUGGGCAAAAACAGCGUGUGCCAGAAAAUCAACCGCAGCCACACCUUCUCUUCCUGGUUUGCGGACGCAGUGGCGCAAAGUGAGCUGAGCCGCGGCAAGACGUUGAGCGCUGCAAAACACAGAUUUUGUUCCUACAGCAAACCCUUGGGCCGCAUUGUUCUCCACUUGGAUAGCAUGAUCGCAGUCCUGAACCGCAUAGCCUCAUCUUGCGGAGAUGACGCGCGGUGGGCCCCGGAGUGGAUGGCGUCCAUCAACCCUGAGCGCGCCAUCCUUCUUGGCAUGUGUGCCGACUUAGCAGAUUCCUGCAUGCAGCUUACAAGGUAUUUUGACGAUGAAUCCUUGGACAUUGCCCGCACCAACGAGGAGGCUCUCUUCAGCGAAGGGCAGUGCUUUCACGUGCACGGCUUCACCAAGCACUGCCUGGACAUCUUGCAGCAGAACAGGCUGGUAAUGUUCUUUGACGGUCGCGCGCGGGCUUUGGGCGGAUCGGCGGACGGCUUGGCGGCUGCGAAGCGGGCAGCGCUGCGGAAU